GACUAAGUGAGUCACUGCAUGUGAGAGAGCUGUGACACCAUGAGAAGUCUUUUUUCUGUCUUUUUACUGGCCCUUUGCUCAGUUAUAGAGCUGUCCGAUGCACGGUACAACAAUUAUGACCCUUCAACGACACCUGCAGCUGAUACGUGGAAAAGUAAUGACACUUCAACUCAAAUCCCCUACUGGUCCUGGAUGAGGCCGUAUUAUCAGAUAACUACACCAUAUUGGCAAAACCAAGCUAAAAUCCCAAACUUGUCCAGGAGGAGGCCAUAUUACCAGACACCAAACCCCUACUGGUACUGGAGGAGGCCGUAUACCCAGACACCAACUCAAAACCCUUACUGGUCCUGGAUGAGGCCAUAUUACCAAACACCUUCACCAUAUUGGCGAAACCAAGCUAAAAUCCCAAACUUGUCCAGGAGGAGGCCAUAUUACCAGACACCAACUCAAGACACCUACUGGUCCUGGAGGAGGCCACAUACCCAGACACAUAGACCUGCAGCUCAAGACCCCUAUUGGUCCUGGAGGAGGCCGUAUACCCAGACACCAACUCAAAACCCUUACUGGUCCUGGAUGAGGCCAUAUUACCAAACACCUUCUCAAACCCCCAACUGGUUCUGGGAGAGGCCAAAUACUCUGGCACCAACUCAAAACCCAUACUGGUCCAGGAGGAGGCCAUAUUACCAGACACCAAUUGUUUCAAAGCCCAAAAUUAGAGUGUACCAGCAGGUGGAAAACACAGAGAAUGUGAUGGUGAUGUGCAAGAUUGAAACGGACUGGCUGUUCAAACUGAGUUUUUUACAGCUGUCAGUGAAGGGUGACAGUAAUUUUAUUCUGAAGAACCCAACAUGGAUUACCCAAAAUAUGUGUGUGUUUAAUGUCACGGUGAGUCCACCUGUGUCAUUCACCUGUGUGCACAAGUUUGGCAACUAUGGCGAGGACCAGUUUAGUGAGACCUACAUGUACAGUCAGCCUGUCUUGGAUUGUCACAAGGAAGGAAUAUCUUCAUCCUACAUUGGCUUUUCCUCCUUCAUUGUUGUUGGUCUCAUUAUAAUGACUGCUACAGUCAUAGUGGCCACCAUGAGGAGCAAUGCUAAAGGGUCCUCAUUGCCAGUCAACAAUGACUACAUAGAUGUAUGAAUAAUCUGGAGAAUACAUAAAGGAAAAUUAAAUAUCAAUGCAUAAGUCAUAUUAGUCUGAAUUGCAAUAUUAAUUCUACAGAAAUCUAUUUUAUUAAGAUGUGUUACAUAUACAGCUUUUUUUUUUUUUAUGUAACUGUUGCAUUUUUGAAACAUCACACUCAUUAUGUUCAUUUUAAAUGCUGCACUCCAAAAGUUACUAACAUUCAGAUUAUUAUAAUCAUUUUUAACAAUGUACAGCUUUGGUAGUGAAUGCCAAUUUUUUUACUUAUUUUGACUUCUUCUGGUAGGAGGCAGUUGUGUGUCUAGCUUUGGUUUACCCUGUCUGAGUUUUGAAAUGCAACACAUUCAAGACAUUUUUGAUUUAUAAAGAUAGUUUCAUCUGCAUAAUUAAGAUAAUUUGCAUAAUUUAUGUGAGGAUGAGAAUUGUAGGUAUUCAAUAAACCUUUAAAUGA